AUGUCUGCUGAUAAAUCGACAAAACCAACCCAUGAGGGUUCCUUUUGUCCGCACAUCCAGGAUUUCGACACAUAUCGAAUGAAAGAAACAAUCAGGAGGCUGAAGAAUAAAAAAAAGUAUUGCUGCUAUUGUCAGGAUGUUGCUCACUACAUUUGCGCCGAUAUGGGAUGUGUCGACGAUGGACGGGCGGUGUAUCUGUGCGCAGACCCCAAACGUGGUCAUUUCAUUGAUCACGGAAAUAAAACUGGUCAUUCUUUGGUUUAUCAUGUGAAAACGAGAUCGGUCCUUUGUGUUACGUGUAUCAAACUGAACGAAAUUCAGGAUGUCAUUGCUCAUCUCGCAAAUGAAAAAAAUCCCGGUGCUUCCAGAUCGCCCACUGUUUCGAUGGCCCAGAUGACCAAUGAAUCGGAUUCCGCUGAUCGUUCAGAAAAAUUGUUCCCGAAUGGAUUAUGUGGCCUUGUGAAUGUUGGCAAUACUUGUUACCUCAAUGCUUCGCUUCAGGUGCUGUCGAACUGCCCUCCAAUUAAUUUCUACUUCCUUAACAUGACUCCGAACCACAAUACAAUGUCAGGAAGGCUUGCCGAGUUGAUUCAGAAAAUGUGGAGAAGUGAUACCCCGGAGACGAUUAAACCACUACCACUUAUCGAGAUGAUCAUUAAAACAAUGCACAACAGAUAUCAAAUCAAUGUUCAACAUGAUGCUCAGGAAUUCCUCAAAUCGUUCAUGGAAUCACUCCACUCGCAACUAGCGGUUCCAAUAUUUCGACCAUUUAUGAUUCUGGGUGACCAUAUGGAAGAGCCAUUUGCAAAGCUUCCCACAACUCAUAUAGUUGAGAAGAAUCCCGACGGAUGUUCAGAACAAUAUUAUGAGCAGUUGAAAUAUGCAUCAAUAAUAACUGAUGUUUUCGAAGGGGAAUUGGAAAAUUCAAUCGGAUGCAGCGAAUGCCAAAACGUUUCGCGGCGAUUCGAAGACUUCCAAGAUUUGUCGAUUCCGAUAUCUCGAAAACCAAAACGGCGUAAUCCUGAUGGAAUGGAGCCAGGAUUUUUUGAAACUCUUACUAGUGCCUUAUGUCCAAUACCGGUUCAUCUUGAAGACUGUUUGGACGAAUAUUUUGAAGUUUGCAUGCUCGAUGGUGAGAAUCAAUAUGCAUGCAGUAGAUGCUGCAAACAUGUUGAUGCCAAAAAGGUCGUUGCCAUAUCGAAGCUACCGGAAGUUGUCUGCAUUCAUCUCAAACGCUUCGGAAGUGAUAGAGCUCAUUCAUACAAGAUUAACACACAUGUUAACUUUCCGCUUGAAGAUUUGGACCUAUCUCGCUAUGAAACAGGCCCGUCAUCCUCAACAUCUUUGUAUGAUCUUUGGGGCAUUAUAACCCAUGAGGGUAAUACACCAAUCAGCGGACAUUAUAAGGCUUUCUGCAGGAAUCGAGAAGACGGCGUUUGGUACGAGUUUGAUGACAAUGUAGUAACAAAAUUAGACGGAGAGUUGAUAAAAAAGCAAAACGCUUAUGCCCUUUUUUACGUAAGGAAACAAAAUGUCGAGGAGAAUCAAUUGAUUAAACAGACACUUGAUGAGAAUUUCGAUCCAAACGCGAAAAAGUGCUAUAUUUCGCGUAAAUGGCUCUUUAAGCUGGAUCGUUUUGCUGAGCCAGGUUGCAUUACAAACUACGAUUUCCUCUGUGAGCAUGGAGCAAUCCGUCCAGAGUUUAGCGAAUAUCUCGACGAAUCUGUUGCAGUUAUCAACGAUUCGAUUUGGCAAACAUUAUUCGAAAUUUAUGGUGGAGGUCCUUACGUCGACGAAAUCAACCAAUGCGAGCCGUGCUUUGAACGAUGGAAGAAAGCAGUGUCUGUUCGCCUUUUUGAGCAAACUUCAACACGACUUGCCAAACAAACAUAUCCAUCACUUACAUAUUCUUCAGUUUUGCCACAGAAUCUUGUCCACCGAGACUGGAUCACAACUUUCGAAACCUAUCUUGCCGAUCCAUAUCAUCCUCGACCUCGCCCAAUUAAUAACGCUGGUCUGCUAACCCAAUUAAUGCGCAACCGUUCUCAUCGUUCCCGCCCACUUGUCGGCCCAUCAGCUCAGCAAAUCGAUCGUGAAGUAUAUCUAGAACUUGUCAAGUUCUAUGGAGGCGGACCCGAAGUAUUUCUGACACGCGAUGAUCAACCAACUUCUGAUGAGAUCAUUAAAGCCGAAGAGAUUGUGAACUCGCAAAAAGAGCAGUUCCUUGAAUCGUUCCCUGGAGAAAACAAAGAUUUCACCGAGGUGGUUGCAAAAACCAAAACUAGUAAUAAGAGGAAACACGAUUGA